UGAAGUGCAGUGGCCAUGGCCGGGGUUUUCGACAUCGAUUUGGAUCAACCGGAUGAGAAUGUCUCUGACGACGAACUUGAGGAUGGGGGCCAGCUCAAUGAAUACAUGGACCAAUGCAGUAGCUUUGAAUUUAACAUGGAUGACUGUGAGAAGUUUGAAAUUUCAGAGAACAGCGUGAACAAGGGAACAGAGCAGAUCAGGCCUGAAUGCUUUGAGCUGCUGAAAGUUUUGGGAAAAGGAGGCUAUGGAAAGGUGUUUCAAGUUCGGAAGGUGUCCGGUGCUACCUCUGGGAAAAUAUUUGCUAUGAAGGUUUUGAAGAAGGCCAUGAUUGUGCGUAAUGCGAAGGACACAGCGCACACCAAAGCUGAGAGGAACAUUCUGGAGGAAGUGAAGCAUCCUUUCAUUGUGGAUCUCAUCUACGCCUUCCAGACAGGGGGGAAGUUGUACCUCAUCCUGGAGUAUCUGAGCGGAGGAGAGCUGUUCAUGCAACUGGAAAGAGAGGGCAUCUUCAUGGAGGACACGGCAUGUUUCUACCUGGCCGAGAUCUCGAUGGCGCUGGGUCACCUGCACCAGAAGGGCAUCAUCUACAGAGACCUGAAGCCUGAGAACAUCAUGCUCAACAACAACGGACAUGUGAAGUUGACAGACUUUGGUCUUUGUAAAGAGUCCAUCCAUGACGGAACGGUCACCCACACCUUCUGUGGCACUAUUGAAUACAUGGCUCCAGAGAUCCUAAUGAGGAGUGGACAUAACCGGGCAGUGGACUGGUGGAGUCUGGGGGCUCUCAUGUAUGACAUGCUAACAGGCGCACCCCCAUUCACAGGUGAAAACCGAAAGAAGACGAUUGACAAAAUCUUAAAAUGCAAACUCAGCCUUCCACCUUACCUCACACAAGAAGCCAGGGACCUUCUGAAAAAGCUGCUGAAACGAAAUGCCUCAUUGCGACUCGGGGCUGGACCAGGAGAUGCUGCUGAGGUCCAGGCCCACCCAUUCUUCCGGCAUAUAAAUUGGGAUGACCUCCUUGCUCGCAAAGUAGAGCCUCCAUUUAAACCUUUCCUGCAAUCGGCUGAUGAUGUUAGCCAGUUUGACUCCAAGUUCACCAGCCAGACUCCAGUGGACAGCCCGGACGACUCCACACUCAGCGAAAGUGCCAAUCAAGUCUUCCUGGGUUUCACAUAUGUAGCCCCAUCUGUGCUUGAAAACGUCAAAGAGAAGUUUUCUUUCGAACCAAAAGUCCGCUCACCACGGAAGUUCCCAGGAAGCCCAAGAACACCUGUGAGUCCGUUAAAGUUUGCAGGAGGGGACUGUUGGCCCCGGGGGCCCACGCUGACAGGCGGCCCGUCCCUGCUGUCUCCUGGCGGCUCUGGAGAGCAACCUAUGGAUGUGUCAACAGUGGAGCAAAUGGACACAAGCAGCAGCGGCACCAACGAGGCCUCUGCACCGCUUCCCAUCAAGCACCCUACCAAAGGGCCCUACAAAAAGCAGGUGUACCCCAUGAACUCCAAGCGCCCUGAACAUCUACGAAUGAAUCUAUGACGCUCGGCUAGUUUACGAACAUUAGGACUCUUCAAAUUCCUCCUCUCUUUCCCCUUUAUCGUUUUCCUUCAAAGAGACUUGUAGAAAUUUUUAAAAAAUUGACUGAGACUGUCAACGCUGAUCACCAGCUCUUCCAGCAGCGCCUUUCCCUCUUUGGCCUCCAAAAUCCUCCUGACUCAGCCUGGCCUCCUCACAGAUAAUCAGCAGUUAACUACAGUACAGCACACUGCUGUUAAAAUGGCUGGUUUCUGUGAUGCGAAAAAAUGAAACCAAGAUAAAUCAUUUCAGAGCUUUUUCCACUUUUAUUGUUACUUUUAAUCUAUAAAAUUCAAGUGAAUAAUAAACUGAAACUGUUCAGAAAAAAAAAAAAAAAACUUGUUUGCAUAAACGUGCACACCCUCUUGAGGUCCAUGCUUCCAAGCAUGAAUGGGAUCUCAUCGUUGAAAGGUAUUGGCGUUAGACACACGAUGGGCCAAGUGCAGAAAAUACGGCACUACAGGGAUAUUACCAAGAACAGGACAUCCCUCCAAAAUUGAUUAAAAAGACAAGGAGAAAACUGGUCAGGGAGGCUGCCAAGAAGCCAGUGGCAGCAUUAAAGGAGUUCCAGGAAUCUCCCGUAUUCUUCAUAUGUCUGGACUUUGGGGUUGAGUAGCAAAACGGAAGCCCUUUCUCACAGGGAAAAAAAAAACAUCCAGGCCUGGGUAAAUUUUGCUAAAAUAAUACAUCAAGUCUCCCAAAACCACAUAAAAAUGUGUUAUGGUCUGAUGUGGCCAUGGUUUAACUUUUAACCAUAAUUCCAAAAGGUUUUUUUGGUGGCAAAAACAACACUGCACAUUGUCUAAAGAACACCAUACCCACGGAGAAGCAUGGUGGUGGCAGCAUCAUGCUUUGGGGCUGCUCUUCAGCCAGAACUGGGGCUUUAGUUAAGGAGGAGAGAAUUAUGAAAAGCUCCAGAAACCAGUUGAUUUUGGUGCAAAACCUUCAGGCAUCUGGUUGAAAGUUGGAGAUGAACAAGAAUUUUAGCACAACGACGACCCAAAGUAUACAUCCUUUUUAAGGGAAUGGCUUCACCAUAAGAAGAUUUAAGUUUUUGGAAUGGCCCAGCCAGAGCCCAGAACUGAAUCCAGUCGAAAAUCUGUAGGGUGACCUGUCCACAGGAGACGCCUCGCAAUUGACUUCGCAAUUUGAUGAACAUUCUUGAAAGGAAGACAUUGCCAAGUUAAGAGAUAGAUGUAGAUAAAAUCAAAAAGGUGCAUCAACAAAGUAUAAUUUAAGGGUGUGUACACUAAUGCAACUAGGAUAUUUUAAGUUUUUUUUUUCCUACAUGGUUUGCUUGUUUCUCACUUGAAUUUUAUAGUUUGUAGGUCACAUUAAAGGACCAGUGAGUGGGAUUUAGUGACAUCUAGUGGUGAGGUUGGAAGGUACAACCAACUUAAUACCCCUCCCCUCACCGCUUCCUUUCGAAGCGUGUUGGUGAACCUACAGUGGCCUUCAGGUAACAUGAAAACACAAAAGUGUUCUCUCUAGAGCCAGUGUUAGGUUUGUCCAUUUUGGGCUACUGUAGAAACAUAGUGGUGCAACAUGGCAGGCUAUGUGGAAGAGGACCUGCUCCGUUUGUAGAUAGGAAGGGCUCAUUCUAAGCUAAUGAAAACAUGAUUCUUAGUUUCAGGUGAUUAUAAACUAAAGAAAACAUUGUUCUAUUUCAACAGAUCCCCUUAAAUCCUACACAAUGGUCCUUUUAAAGGUGGAAAAACUUACAAAAUUAUAUUUGUUUCUUUAUUUUCUUUUUUACAUCACAAAAACCUGCCAUUUUAAGAAGGGUGUGUAGAUUUCUUACAUCCACUGUAGAUGUGCAGUCAGUCUGAGGAGCGGUGUGAUAGAGGUGCUUCUCAAUGAAAGUCGGCUGAGGUUGUUCUGAUGUACUCAACUGGCAUUAUCAUAUGAUUUACUGGUGCUCUUUUCUCCUCAAAUCUGGACAAUGUUACUUUUAGUGUUUAUGACUAAUUGCCUCCAUCGCACUAAGAGAAUUUAAAAAGGGGCUUUUAUUUCUCCCUUAACAUGCCAUGCUGUUUUUUGUUUAAUGAUCACUUUGUGAUAAGAACUUCGCGGGUUACACUGUCGGUUGGUAGAAAUAUUGCAUAACAAUUCCACAAUGAACACAGCAUUCCUUUAUGUUUGAGGAAAACAAUCACAUUGCCUUUGUCACUGGAGAAUGCGGUCAGGAGAACGUGGGGCACAACUUAUUGAAAAGCAGCUGUAAAAAGCUACAAGUGAAAUUUGAGACGAAAGAUGAAUCGCUUCCACCACAAUCAAUUCCAAAUGCUGACACUGCUUCCUUGGCCGACUGGAAUGCUUUCUGUCCAGAAGCACCGUUCAGUUUCUUUGUGUUGAAUGUAAACAGAUUUUAAAUGCCUUUUUGUGUGUCACUUAAAUCUCCUGCGCUUUGUUCCAAUGAUCCCUGCAGCAUUACUUUUACCUCCUCUACUCAUGCAGCCGUCAGCCAUGGUAGGAGACCAACGGGCAUGUUGACCCAAAAUACUCUCAGCCAAAUUGACAUCACUGCCUUUUUACUGAUUCAAGCUUCAUUCAUGUCUCAUGUGCUUUGCGUAUGCUUUUUGUGCAUUGACAGUAACAGGGCUCUCAGUGUUAGGGGGAUAAACCUUUAUAUGAGUGAACCAUCCAUUCAAAAGCGUUUUCAUUGAGAUGUUUGACGUGUUUGUGUGAUGUGAAGCUGUGGUAUGAGCCUCUGGAGUGAAGCCAUUCAAAACUUAUCUCAUCCCCAAACUUAACGCACCAUCAGAUGCAGAUUCCCAUGAUACUAAUUGAAAAUUGAAUGCAUGGAAAUGAGCUUGUGUUUGAAUGGCUCCCUGAUGCUUCUUGUUAUCCAAAUACUGGGUGUUUUGAAUUGACCAAAAGCACUGUUUCAAGGAACCAAAUGAUUUUUUUUUUUGCUGGUAAACAAAACCCUGGGCAACUGUUGAGGUAUCACUCUGGUUUUUGUAAGAACUUCAAGGUUCAAAGAUCAAUCACGUUUUCCGUCAUACAUCAUUUUUAACCAUAUCUACUUUCCACAGUGAUACUUACAGAUAUUGAAAGAUAUGUUUCUUGAAGAUACUUUACACGUGUUUUACAUGGGUUAAUCUUGUGUAAAGGAUGCAGAGAUCAAGCUUUUAAUAUGGAUCAGUGUCGGGUUGAAAUGAUUAAUUUUCUUUUCUCUCACUCCACUUUUUACUCCACUUAGUUUCCAUGUUUAUUUAUUUAAAGCGCCAUUGUGUUUCCACUGCUUUGUUCACACUAUGCAAACUAGGUAUUUAUUAUGUAGUAUUAUGUAGAUAAGGCAGCAGAAUGUGUGAUAAUUUGAUUUGGCAUUCUUAACAGAGACUUAUUUUCUCAUAAUGAUAAGCAUGUAGAGUAUGAUUUUAUUUCCACAGAACAUGUCUUAUACAACCUCAGAUGCAGCUUUCUUUUUUUAUUUUAUUCUAAAAUUAAGGACGGUGACCUAAAUGUCUUACAGUAUUUAUUGUGUAGUAGAGUAUCAUAAUCAAGGGUUUUUUUUUUCUGAAAACAUUUUGAUAUCUUAAACUUUCCUCGCUGAAAACUUGAACUUCAGUUUGUCUUCUUGCAGUGCUUAAAGCAAGGGCAAUUAUUGUGAAAGAAAAAACUGAUGCAAAAACCAAUGGGAAUGGCAUUGUGCCUUUGCUGACAGAACAGUGUGUAUGUACAGUAUACUGUAUAUUGUAAAUGUGUGUGGAAAAGGCUGGGGUUGAUCCAUGAAGUUCACUUCCUGUUAGAACUCAAGGAUGUGCAUUUCUUUGCUUCACCAAUAUGAUAUGAUGAUGAUGAUACAUAUUGCUUCAGGUAUGUUUGAGAAGCAUCCUCCACACUUCAGGUGGAAAACACCAUCUUGAGUAGAAGGGGUGUUUUAAUCACUGAUGGGCAUUGAAUAACAUUUCUGUUGAUUUGUCACCCGUAGACCUGCCCCUGCAGAUGGGAAACGUUCCUAUGUAUCAUGUACAUAAUAAAGUCAAAAUAAAAAAUUA